AUGUGGAAUAACCAUGACCCAGAUGUGACGUCAAAAAGCGGGUUUACUCCGCUUCACAUAGCGGCUCACUACGGUAAUGACAACAUAGCUAAAUUACUACAUUCCAAGGGUGCGGAUGUCAAUUUUGCGGCAAAACACAAUAUAACUCCUCUUCACGUCGCUUCCAAAUGGGGAAAAUUAUCCAUGGUUUCCAUGUUGAUUGCUGCUGGAGCUAAUCUCGAUUCGAAAACGAGAGAUGGUUUAACACCGUUGCAUUGCGCUGCCAGAUCCGGACACGAUCAAGUCGUCGAUUUGUUAUUGGAACACGGUGCACCCAUAAGAAGCAAAACAAAAAAUGGUCUCGCACCUUUACACAUGGCAUCUCAGGGAGAUCACGUUGAUGCUGCGAGAAUACUGUUGUAUCAUAAAGCUCCCGUCGAUGAAGUGACGGUCGAUUAUCUCACCGCUCUACACGUUGCCGCUCAUUGCGGUCACAUAAGAGUCGCUAAACUUUUGCUGGAUAGAAAAGCGGAUCCGGAUGCGAGAGCUUUGAACGGUUUUACUCCUCUUCACAUCGCCUGUAAAAAAAAUAGGCUUAAAGUCGUGGAAUUGUUGUUGAAACACGGAGCGAGUAUUGAAGCCACCACCGAGUCCGGAUUGACGCCAUUACACGUUGCCAGUUUUAUGGGAUGUAUGAAUAUCGUUAUAUUUUUAUUACAAAAUAAUGCUGCGCCGGAUGUACCGACGGUAAGAGGAGAAACUCCAUUACACCUUGCCGCAAGAGCUAAUCAAACUGAUAUAAUUAGAAUUUUAUUGAGAAAUAAUGCAAUGGUGGAUGCGAAAGCUAGAGAAGAACAAACACCUUUACACGUGGCUUCCAGACUUGGUAACACGGAUAUAGCCAUGCUAUUAUUGCAACACGGGGCGAGCAUAGAUGCACCGACGAAAGAUUUGUACACUCCGCUACACAUUGCAGCAAAGGAGGGACAAGACGAGGUUGCUGCUGUUUUGUUAGAAAAUGGUGCAUCGUUGAACGCGACAACGAAAAAAGGUUUCACUCCUCUUCAUUUGGCUGCCAAAUACGGGAAUAUAAAAGUUGCUAAACAGUUGUUGCAAAAAGAUGUCGAUGUAGACGCACAAGGAAAGAACGGAGUUACUCCCUUACACGUGGCAAGUCAUUACGAUCAUCAGAACGUCGCCCUGCUUCUUUUAGACAAGGGUGCUUCCCCUCACGCGAUUGCCAAAAACGGACAUACUCCACUUCACAUAGCGGUGAAAAAAAAUCAAAUGGACAUAGCGUCGACAUUGUUGGAAUACGGUGCGAAACCGAACGCGGAAUCCAAAGCAGGAUUUACUCCUCUUCAUUUGGCGGCACAAGAAGGACACGUCGACAUGGCUUCGCUGCUAUUGGAAAAUGGCGCCGAUCCUAAUCAUCAAGCAAAGAACGGUUUGGUACCUCUUCAUCUUUGCGCUCAAGAAGAUAAAGUCGAUGUUGCCAAAAUAUUGGUUAAAAACAAUGCGAAAGUUGACGCUCUCACCAGGGCUGGUUACACGCCAUUACACGUCGCGUGUCAUUUCGGACAAAUAAACAUGGUACGAUAUUUGUUGAAUUUGGGAGCCAACGUCAACAGCAGCACUGCCAUCGGAUACACUCCCCUUCAUCAAGCGGCACAACAAGGUCACGUCCUUAUAAUAAAUUUGCUGUUGGAAAACAAAGCGAAACCGAACGUUACCACAAACAACGGUCAAACUCCGCUGUCGAUAGCUCAAAAACUUGGAUAUAUAUCCGUCGUGGAAACGUUAAAAGUCGUGACGGAAACGACGAUAACGACAACGACGACGACGACAAUCGAAGAAAAAUAUAAAGUCGUCGCACCGGAAGCCAUGCACGAAACAUUUCUUUCGGAUUCGGAAGAUGAAUGCGGUGAGGAACCAGGGAUCGAUCAACAUCAAUACAAUUAUUUAAUGAGCGACGAUAUGAAAAGUUUCGGUGACGAUUCGCACAGGAUCGACGUGACGCGUGACGAAGAGAACAGAGCACCGUCGCGAAUGAACGAAUCCGUCAUUGUGCAGGAAAAUUAUACGGAAAAUUGGACGGCGAAUUCACAAAAUAAUAAUAAUAAUAAUAAUGGACGUACGGAUAACGUAAACAUAAAAAGAGCCGUACACGCAGGGUGA